AUGUCGAAGAAGAUCAAGCCUAUCCCUGCCACCCAGUACGAUGAAGUUCUCGAAGCAGCCAGUAUAUAUGUGGAUGGUAUGCGGCGAGGAGACAGGGCCUAUACCUCCACGGGCUUUCGGGAAACGGCCAGUGUUUAUGGAUAUAUUGAGGGACUAUUCCGCGAAGGCUCUGUGAAGUUGAUCUACGACUACAUGGAUUCCCAGACGGAGGCUCCCAAGUUCACAGCUCAUCUGAGCGUGAUUGGAAUGACACCAAGUACCGCGGUUGUCAAAUGUGAAAUGGACAUUCAGGCACCCGAGAACGAAUACACGGACUUUAUGUCGCUGGCUAAGGUAGAUGGCAAGUGGCAGAUUGUGGCUAAGGUAUUUCAUGCGUAUGAGGGGUGA